CUUCUCACCCCCCAUUGGAUUCCGUUCGUGUUGGAGACUCCCCACAUUGGAUUCUUUUCAGCAUUGGUUUCUCACCCCCACAUUGGAUUCCUUUUGUGUUGGAGACUCCCAACAUUGGAUUCUCCUGGUGUUGGAGACUCCCCACAUCUGAUCCCUAUAUAAUACUUGCACAAUUUUCAUAUCUCCACCACAACUCUUCUUAUUCUAUAUUCAUAACUCUUUACAUUCCUCCUUAGAUUAUGGCAUCUAGUCGCGGAAAAUCUUUUUUACAAGAAGAAGACCAAGUUUUAUGCGCCACGUGGCUCGAAAUUUCUCAAGAUCCAGUCAUGGGUUCUAAUCAAAAGAAGGACAAGCUGUGGGAACGAAUUUCUGCUUUAUUUCAUGAAAGGAUUUCCAAUAUUUGUAAUGCUCAAAGGACUCCAAAGUCUCUUUCAUGCCGAAUGCAAUUAAUUAUGAAGGCCAUCAGUAAAUUUCGAGGAUGUAUUCGACAAGUCGAGCGCUUAAAUCCAAGCGGUGCUUCUGAGCUUGACAUUAUUAAACGUGCUAGGAUAAUAUUUGCAGAAGAUCCAGAAGAGAGAAAGGGGUUUAUAUUUGAUCAUGUUUGGUCAAUUUUAAAAGAUGCAGAGAAAUGGGCAAAUAUAAGUGUCAGAUCGCCUGCAACUUCCAAAACUUCAAAGUCCCGCUCAUCUCAGGGAUCAGAUUCAAGUUCUCCUGUCGUCGACUUAAAUGACGAUAAUGAGGAAUAUACUCAUAAUGACGAAGAUAUGAUAACAAGUCGACCGACAGGAAGGAAGAAAGAGAAGAUGAGGAGGCGACAAGCAACUGAAUCCAACCUCGACUUGGAAACUCUCAAUAAAAGCAAUCAAGAAAUUGUCGAUAUUUUAAAAAAAAGUCAUGGAGAACGAGAAAAUGAUAGAAUAACAAUGCACCAGAUUAUGAUGUUAAGGGCCGAAAACGAAAAGAAAAAAUUAGAUAUUCAAAGGGAACGCCAGGAAAGUAAGAUUAUGUUGAUUAAUCUUGAUACUAUUACUGAUCCUUCGGAACGCGAGUAUUUUCGAAUUAAAAAACAAGAGAUUUUAAAUAGAAACACAACCGGAGGUUCUUCAUCUGAUAUUCCUAAUCCUGAAUAUAGUUAUGCAGGAAGUCAAUACGGAAUACCUGACUACAGAAGCGGUGGAUAUGGAGGAAAUGGCCUGCCCGAUUUUUAGUUUUUUUCAUGUACUUUAUUUUCAUGUACUUUCUUUUUCUAUGUAAUGCCGCUGAAUGUAAUAUAUAAAAUUUCAUCAUUCGGAGUAACUGUGAAGGUUGUUCCAAAUAUUAUGUUAU